AUCACCAUGGAAGCCAUUAACCACAUAUUGAAAAAGCACGUUCGUUUACGUAGCUGUAGUUAUACAGCCUCGCCACUAGAGGCAGUGGUACUGACAACACCACAAAGUGACGGCAUACGCGUGUCCUGUUUAUGGUACGAGUUUAUUCAUGGGCUAAUGUACAUACAUGUGCCUAUCUAAUACAUUCGUUCUAAGGCAUGGCUCGUCCACUCCGUCUGCUCUCAUUACUCCCCGGACGACUCGCCGCUCGGACGGUGACUCCUCGGGUCUCCGCUGUCAGCUGUCGGUACAUGAGCAGAAGGAACAACCAGGACUUCCUAGAGAGGAACAGACCCCCUUCUGGAAUCACAACACUCGACAACGGGGAUUCCUUUGAAGAGCCUGACUUUGAGGACGUGGAAGACAAGCUCCAGGCCUUGUUUCUCGAAGAGAAACGAAAGAGCAAGAGACUGAAGUUUAACAUUCUGAAGAGGAAGAUGACACCACCCGGUCCUCCAGACAGGAAACUGACAUGGCAAUCUAUUGAACAGAUCAGGUAUUUGAAACAAGAACAUCCGGAGGAAUGGACAGUGGAGCGUCUGGCAGAAGGAUUCUCCGUCAGCACUGAUGCUAUCCUCAGAGUCCUCCGGAGCAAGUUCAUUCCACCGCCGGAGAGAAAAGCCAAACAGGACACCAAAGUGAUGCAGAGAUACGGUCAGUCUGUUCUUACUGGGGCUGUCCCAUGUAGACUGAAGUUGCCUGCAGCUCCAUCAGCAGCCGCCUUAACCGUGGGACACAGGACCUCUGAUCUAGUCCCAGUGUCUGACCGGCACUUAAUGGUCACUGGUCAGAGUUCCGCUCCAGUUCCGGUGCAGGUGAACCAUGUAACUUCAGAACUCGCAUCAGCAGAAAUCACAUCAGCCUCCUUAACAGUAGAUGGUGCAGAAGAACUGCUAGCAGAGGGCAGCACUGAGUCUGAGGAGGACUGGGAUGGGCUGGUGCUGUCUGAGCAGGAACUAGAGGAGUUGGUGGACCGGGAGAUGCCUGCUCCUCCCAUGCUUCAAGUGGGGAAUGACUUUUUCGAUGCCCAAGGCAACUUCUUAUUCAGAAUCUGAUAUGUACCUGUUUGUUAAAUAGGGGCUGCUCAAACAAAAUAUCAGAAAAAAUGCCUAUUAAUAAAGAUUGCUAUCUUUUCAGCAUGUAGAUGUGAAUGGAAACUGUUGAAAGAAUACAAUUCUGAUGCUCGGGAACUUGCUUAAACAGGAAAGGCCAAGCGGAAUUCUCGGACUCCAAAGCUGAUGCACGUUAAAAUUCCUCCCUUUUAAGGCACUGGAUGGACGUUACGCCAGCAAAACAUUUUCCUUAAAUUAUGAUUAGUUUUCUGAGCUUGUCCUUCUUGUUUUCAUCACUUGAAGCACGAGAGUCACUGCCACUUGAAGGUGGUCCAGAUAAAGCUCCUCCCGAGACUGACUUUCUGUCCGUUGUGAAAGUGUGUUUUAAAAUAAACAAGGCAACAGGCCAAAAAAUGUAAAUUAUAUGAACAAAAAAAAGCAACAAAGUGUAAAGGAACAUUCAUUUAUUAGCAAACCCAAAGGAAAACGCCUAAAAUAUACAGAUGAGAAAUAUGUAGCAGAUAUAAAGAUGCCAACUUGAAUAUUUACAAAAUCAUUGCAAUGAUUCAUUAAGUGAUCCAGUGUUUGAAACAGGUGACUGUGCUUCAAAUGAUCCUUUGUAUACCAGAAUCUUCACGUGCGAGAGAAGAGCUGACAUGCGAUUGAAUGGGGGGGGUCUUGUGGAACAUAUCAAUUCAUUUUUGGGGAAGUGCAAAUUGGGUUUCCACUGACAAACUUCGCGGUUGCAAUAGCCGUAAAACAAGAGGUAAAAAUUGAUGCUGGUCACAUUAAAAUCCUCACACCAGGCACUUUUUAAACCCUGCUUCAUCUCAGUAGUAUCAUGAAAAACAAAACAGACCUGGUACCGUUUUUAACAAACUACAGCUGAAACUCAAAAAUAUUCCUUCACAACAAAUAACUGCCACAGCUUUUUGAUUUCUUCAUUUUCUCCAGUGUGUUAUUGCUAUUUAAAUAUGAAUGUCAUUCAGUGAAACCAGACAAAACCACACGUAUUGCAGGAAACCAUGAGGUCACGUGGACGAUGAAAACUCACAGGAUACAAAAGUUAUUGUGCUUUUAGGCAGCUACGACUGCAGAAUCAAACAAAAUGUUGGUUGGAAAUAGACGUCACGCUGAAAACAAUCUGAACCCUACUGUACAGAUUCGUGUGUCGCCAUGCAAGUUACCGUUAUUGCUGGUAGAAACUAUUUCUCUGAUCUGACUUGUUAAAAGUGAAUCAAUUCUCAGAUGGAAAAGUUUGCUUCCAUGGGAAAAUACUUCAUAAAAAUAGGAACAUUUGUAAGGAACUCAUCCAGCAACCCUUUCACAGCCAGCAGGAAGAAACCAGAUUAAAAACAGCAAUGACAGGUUAUGUACAAGAGCGUGAUGGGAAAAGAGCACUCAGCUUUCAUCAGAGGAGUGAGGCAGGACCCGUAAAGCCAUGGAGCUGGAUUUAUACACCUUCAUAUCCCACCAAGCUGUCAGCAGUUUAAAUGACUGAAUAAAUAAAAUCAACCACUGAAAUAAUAAAAACACGAACAGGCUUCUUCCGAACGGUGUCACCGGGACACCCUCAUACAUUCAAAACUUCACAGCAGAGUGACACACCGGUGACACGCACACUCCCGGUCUGCCGCUCAGGAGAAGGUUCAGCAGGUGAAAGACGAAAUAGCUGGAGCUGCGAGGGUGACAGAACCUGCCACAAAGGAAAGUCCGCCGUGCAGGAGUAUUUCAGGUUAUUCCAGCAUGUCCUGCAGGGGAGGAGCACAAAGGAAGCCAGCAUCAGCUUCAGGACGGUUCAUGUGAUCACGCUGCUUCCUGGUGUUUUUGUGUGGGAGUGUUUACCUCGUCAGAGUCAUCGUGGAACUCUAUUUUGCCGUUGUGAGUGUGGUCCGUGUCUAGAGGGUCGUCCAUCCCAUCAGCCGCAUUGUCCUCAACAUGCUGCUGCUGCAGCACAGAGUACCUGUGCACCAGGAAUCUGCAGAGAGGUCAUUAUUUUUGACAAGAAAAGCAGACUUUGUGGUCAUCAGGAGAGUUUGAGUUAAUUCAAGGUAAUGAAGGGAUGAAAGCCGUACCUGCCACCACAGACGUAUUUCUUGAUGAAGAUGAAUCCUCCGGCGACACUCAGCAGGAGGAUGAUGAUGACUGUCGUCACUAUGGCCACUGACUUGUGAUGGUCGGACUGCAGGAAGAAGCGCACCAUAUUGACGAAAAUACACACAUCAGGCUUAGGAAAAGAUGAGUUUAUAUACACACCACCAAAUCUGGUUCCGACAUGUCGCUCACACAUCUCUCACUCAGAUCUAUCACUUUCCGCUCUGGCAUUUUCCCACCUUCACAUUUGUCUCCAGGGAUCUUCCUGUAGCUGUGGAGCAAGGGCACACUGGUGAAUACCUUUCCCUCCCAGGAAGUGUCCAUAUUAGGGAUGGGUGAUAUGGACAAGAAAAGUUAUCACAAUAAAUGUUUGGCGUUAACAAUAAUGAUUACGAUAAAUACAUCUUCAUUCUACUCCAUGUGUUGGACAAUACAGUCUCUCUAGAAACUGUUUUAUGAUGAAACUUGUUAAUGGAGUUUGUCUCCAACAUCAUUAUUUGUUUAUGUUUAAAUAUCAUAGUUAACCAAGUGUAGAGAUGAGAAAUUCACUGUUUCACAUCUCUGGUAGAAGCCACUCGUGUCUGACAGGCUGCCAGCUUUAUUAAGGGGUUAAAUUGAGCCGUCUGUCUGUUGUAUCUCAUGUCUCUUAACACUUGAACUAUGGACCAGUCUGGACACAUUUCCAAGAUGCUAUUGAAAAAAUAUAAUGUGAACAGAUGAUCAUUUAGUCAUAUUCUAUUCUCUAGAUCAUUAAACAAACUGUCAGUCCUUUGUCUUGUUUGAUGACAAACAUUUUCACAAUUCUCUCCCCUAAAAUGGUUGUUAUCCAUUGCCUUAUUGAAGAUUUCACUAAUACUCUGAACGUGUUUAUCGAAUUUAUGGUGAGAUGCAGAAUUGUCAUAGUGGAGAUUGUGUUUGGCGGUAUAUCGUGUACAAUAAGUCAUCGCCCAUAGAAUCACAAGAAGCAAUAAUAGGUUGAGACAAACUUUCUCUGUUGCUGGCCUGAUUAAUAUUCCCAGUGUUGACACAUUGCCAUGGCAAAAUGACUUUAGCCACAACUGGCGUGAGAGAACUGCAGCGGAACGAAGCAGGCCAAAUGAUAAAAUGACAUAGCACAAACGUAUCUUGCAUGGCAGCAAAAGGUGUGGAUCAGAUUUGAGUGAUUGAUAGUUUCAAUAGUGCGUUGUUGAAAGUCUUCUUAGCAUCAACUGUCAGUGGAGCCAGUGAACAGAUUUAAGAGUGUCAUGUUUCGUUAGCACCAGCUUACCCGCUUGUCACCAGCUGCUCUUCCUUGCCGUGCAGGCAAAACUCGAGAAUUGUGCCUUGCAGGUCAGGCUGCUCCUCGCAGAUCGAGCUGUUCUCUUUCCGGUAAUAUCCAAAGUCACUGCAAACAGCAUCCAGAGACCAGAAUAUUUAGUGCAGGAAAACAAUACUGAAUUAACCACUGAUUUAAGCAUACUGUGUUCUAUUGAAAUCGUAGAGUAGAAGUAAGAAUAUUCCUGUCUCACCAGAGGAAGUCGUCCAGAGUGCAGGGGCAGGGUGUCGGCUGGGUGUUGAUCAUGUAAUCCCGUCCGUUCCAGCAGACGGAAUCCUUCCUGAGUCGCAGAAACUUCUCUUUAUACCCCAGCAUGCAACCGUCGUUGGGAUCGCUGAUGUCAUCAGAGUGAGCCAACCACGGCACAUAAUCGGAAUCCACACCUGAAGAAAUCAAACAUAUUUCAUAAGGUCACCACAGAGGGCGCUCCUGAACACACCAGUUUCCUUACAGUCUCUGGUUAGGAGAUCUCUGAAGUCGAUGGUGACAGAAACCCAAUUCUGGCUGAUCAAAGAGUCCCGGUAGCCCCAAAUGCUGACGUUCAUGGAGCGAGCUCCUGGUUCUGAUGCGAGCCCCGUGAAGUAGAUGGCUUCUGAUGUAAAGGUGUAGGUGGACCAGCACUGGCCUUCAUCCGUGGAAAACCUAAAGAGAAGAGACAAACAUCAGCUCUGAAUCGUAAGGCUGAAUCAGCAGUGAAAUAUUUCAUGUGGCCAUACUUGACUUUGUCAACUGGCUGGUUGUUGUUCUGUUCCACAGCGACCAGCAGACCACCAGAGUCCAGAAUAGCAUAGUGAUGGGGUCCAACAAGAGCUUGUAGCCAGGUGUACCCGCCGUCGUCAGACACGUACACGUCCGGAGUCAUCACUGAGAUGGUGUCGCCAAUACUCCCUGAGGGCGCCGCAGUUUAAGUGAAACCAGUUUGAUCUACAAAUUAUUCUUGUCAGGAAAGCAAAGACAAGACGUUCACCGUGCGCCAGGAUGAUUCCGACACCGUUGGGUUCUGAGAGCGGCAGCAUGGGAACAUUCAGCCUGCUGUAAGCAGCGUGGAUGUGAAGGGAGCACUGUGAACACAAGCAUCACGUUCAGCAUGAGAGAACCGGCCAACUUUCAACAAUAAUAACCAUAAUGAUGAACAGCCAGCUCUUUUUUUUCAGCAAUAAAUCUGUUUCAAUCCCGAAUACAAACUUUCACUUCGGAUUAAAUUGCUUUCCAUUAUAUUAAAAAACUAAAAUCCAACCACAGAGAUGCAAACAGAACAUUGUCGUAACAGACGGGAGAUAUUGUUGUAGGAAAAAAACAUUGGAACUAAUGUGUUCUCCUUACCUUGUUUGGGUCUUUGACUGUCACGUCACACUUGCUGUCUGCUGGUUUUUGGGGUGGAGUCCACUCUCCACCUCUAUCAUACGAGAUCACCGUCUGAACAUUCAUUGCUGUAACGUAAUAAACCUUGUUACUGAACUGAGAAAAUCAUAUAUAUAUAUAUAUAUAUAUAUAUAUAUAUAUAUAUAUCGUCUUAUAUCUACAUGUUAAGAGUGAAAAGCUCAAACUGGUAGAUGAUGCAGCUAGUCGGCUCAAGUGUCGGCCAGUUUGACACAAGAUAGCUCAUUAAAAAUUCACUUCUCAAACUGCCUCCCGUGUCACGUCAUGGAAAGGUGUUACAUUAGUGUGUAUCUCUGGAUGUCUUUGACAGCUACCUUCAUCCAAAAUGCUGGUGAUGAAAACUCCCCGCAGAGAUGUGACGUUGGUGAAGUCAGUGUCACCUCCGGCGACCGAGUAAAGGUGGCGCUCAAGAGACUUGGAGUAAACGAUUCCUCUGUCAUCCGAUACAUAAAUGGUGCCAUAACCUGUAUCUGUCAAACAAACAAAAAAAAACAAAAGUCACCUACUUGUCUAUAAUUUUUGAAAUACUGAUCACAAGCUGCAACUUAUGUCCACUUUACAAAAAAGGAUGUUUGUGGAGACGAACUCUGGAGCUGAAGAAAUGUGGGCGAUGUAGCUGACAUUAAAAUCCCUUUGAAUUGCAGAUACUUUGUCUUCAUGAAAGGGUUGUAUAAAUAAACCUGCCAUGCCUUCAGGGAAAUGCGAACGUAUUGUGAAGACUCGACCUGCCUCUUGCAAUUUAUUCACUCAUUUGCAUGAUUGCAGUUUGAGAAAAUGUGAAAAGCUUAUUUUAUCCACCGACCUCCUGGCUCAUCGACAUGCAUGAAGACCAUUUCAUCGCUGGCUGCCAAGAUGGAGUAAAACUGCUCGUGCCCAACGGGAGGCAACUGGGCCAUGUUCCAAGUCUCUCCUGAGUCCACGGACACAUGGAUGCUCCUCAGCGUCCCCUGCGGACGGUCAGGCAUGUUCAAGUCUGAAUGUUAAUAACACAAUUUCUACUCACAGCUGGGUACAAAUGAGCAAUACAAGGGCAGAAGCUGUGAGGCGAAUGAGAGGUGAUUGACUAUACCAGUGAUUCUUAACCAUAGGGCCGGGGCCCUGAGUUGGGCUGCGAGCACCUCCUAGACGGCCGCUAAAGGUUUUUUGUUUUACACCAUUGGGCCGUGAGACGCUCAGUUUUAAUACGUUAGACACAUAUGGUGGUAGUAGUGCGUCACUGAAUUG